CUGAAAAUCAAAUCUUUAAAAAUUCUCUAAUCUCAUAAAAUCUCCAAAUACACUCUAGCUUACAAGAUCAUGAUUUAUUUCUAAAAUCUAUAUCAAUCGCGAAAUGGCUAGCUUUCUAACUCGUCACUUCCCGUGGUUUCCCCGUCCUCAGUUUCACUUCCUGAAAUGGUGGACAAGGAAAAACUAUGAGAUAAACUCAGUAAGUAAAUAUGAAGUGCCCCUUAUUAAACUUAUAGCAUGCCAACAAGUGCAAUCACGAAAAACGGAUACAAUACGGGAACGAAAUAGACGUCUCCUCUAUAGGUCACGGCCAGCGUCUAACACCCACUGGCAGGCGCACUGUUUGCUGGUGUAUAAUCCCCACAAGCAAGGUCACUGUUUGCUGGUGUAUAACCCCCACUAGCAGGGUCACUCAACGAACCGGUUCUAUCAAUAACAUGUCGACAUGUGCUAGCGUUUAACCCCCACUAGCAGGAUCAUCAAUAACAUAUCGACAUGAGCCGACAUGUGCUAGCGUUUAACCCCCACUAGCAGGAUCAUCAAUAACAUAUCGACAUGUGCCGACAUGUGCUAGCGUUUAACCCCCACUAGCAGGAUCAUCAAUAACAUAUCGACAUGUGCCGACAUGUGCUAGCGUUUAACUCCCACUAGCAGGAUUACAGAAUAACAUGACCAUAUCGGAGACAAAACAGGCAGAAGUUAAUAGAAAAAUCACAAUUCA